CCUCUUAUCGUCUUAUCUAUCACGUGCUUCGUUCAAGUUUAAAUAACAUUGGUUUGGUUAGUCUACGUCAGUCUGCGUUUAUGCGUCAGAGAAGAAACAUGUGGUGUUAUUGUUAUAGGUUAAUUUAGUUACAAAUUUAUAAAUGAAAACGAAUAAAUCAUGUUGUUUCAUGAAUCAAAAGCUUUUAUAUUUUCAGCUAUUUUUUUAUUAUCAAUCGAUAUAAUCCUGUCAAAGUCAUGGGAUGUUGCUGUAACAAUCGGUCCAGAAGUUCACUUUUUUUCUGACAAUGGCACUUUAUUGAGACGCAUAAAAAAUCGAGACUCAAUGGUAUUUUCUGCUAUAGCUUUCGAUCAAAUAUCUCACACGUUAUUUCUUGGUGACUCAAGUAAUCAAACAGUAACAAUAUUUUCAAAAAAUCUACAAUCUAAAGAUCCUGAAAUGAAUAUUUUAUUUAACGGUAAAAGUGAUACUUCGACAGUUAUGGAUAUGGCCUAUGAUCAGUCAUCACAGUGCCUAUUUUGGACAGACAGUAGAAAACAAGUAAUUUAUAAAAUGAAUAUUAAUUCAUUAAAUGGUUCUGUUUCACCAAAGAUAAUUUUACGAUUAAAAAAUGAAAACCCUCAUGGAUUGUCUUUAGAUAUAUGUCAUCAACGAUUAUAUUGGGCAAAUAGCAAUGCAUCAUAUCCCAGUAUAUCAAGUGCAAAUCUCGAUGGGACAAACUAUUCUAUAAUAAUCAGCAACGAUUUAUAUCAACCAGUCGCAGUAACUGUUGAUCAUUUAUCUCAACAAUUAUAUUGGAUUGAUGAUGAAGAAGGAAUUAAUUUUAAAAUUGAACGCAGCAAUUUAGAUGGUACCAGACGUGAGCUAUUGAUACGUGGAAAACAUCAACAGCCUUUCAAUAUUGCUAUUGAUUACUCUAGGAUUUACUGGUCAGAUUGGGUUUAUAAAGCUGUUUGGAGUGUAGAAAAAAAUACACAAUCAGUAAAAGUUCCUAAAAAAUGGAAAUCGUUUCGUGAUAACAAUAAAAAUACUUUUCCUACAUCAAUAAUGACAUACGAUAAUAUCGCUGAUAUUGAAUGUAUUACUUUACAAAGUGAAACAUUUUCUAAUUAUUCUUUAUCAAAUGAUAACAGUGAAAAAUAUAGUAUAUCGCUUGGGAGCAGUGAAGAGCAUAAUGAGCCAAUAAAUAAAAAUUCACAAAUAUGUUUAAAUGGUGGACACUUGAAUACUAUAAGCAGUACUUGUCAAUGCGAUUUUGGGUACAGUGGGCCAUUUUGCGAAAAAUCAGUUUGUGAUGGAUUUUGUAUUCAUGGUGAGUGCAGCAUACUUUAUGAUGGAAAACCAAAUUGCAAAUGCCAUUCAACCCAUCGAGGAUUAAGAUGUGAACAAGACAUAUGCUUAAAUUAUUGCUUAAAUGAAGGAGAAUGUCGUAUUGAAAAUAAUAAAGCAGUAUGUUUAUGUAAAUAUUCUCGAGGUAUUAGAUGUGAAGAAUUACACAACGUAACGCAAUUAUGUAGAAUUAUAUGUGCCAGUCCAUUAUAUUCUGCGUACGAAGAAAUGGAUGAUGGUUUAUGUCGCUGUUCCGAAAUAAACUCCACUGGCGAUCUUAAUGAUAAGUUUAUUGAUGAUUCUUGGACAAGAAUAUUAACAGUUGUGUUAAUUGUAAUUAUUGGAAUACUUCUAAUUUUAAUUGUAAUACUAAGUUAUUUUCUUAACAAAUUCCGUUGUCGGCCACUUAUUAAGAAACGAUUUGUCAUGAGUAGAAAGGGUAUUACUCCUUUAACAUCAAGACCUCAGUUAUCGAGUGAUCAAUGUGAAAUAAUGAUUGAGGAUUGUUGCAACAUGAAUAUUUGUGAAACUCCUUGUUUCGAGCCUAAAAUUAAAAAUUCAGAUCUGAAGGGUACGAAGAUGAAAGGGAAAUUUCAUUGCUGACGAAAGUGUAAUAAUUAUUGUAAAAAUGAAAUUAUACCUCAUUCAGUGAUAAAAUAUUAUUAUUAUUAUUAUUAUUAUUAUUAUUAUUAUUAUUAUUAUUAGUAUUAUUGCUAAGUUAAAUGUAUUCUAAGAAAUGAUUGUCGUGCAUAAUGCUUAUAAUGAGAGAAAAACUGAUCAUUAUUUUACUUAAUGAAAAUCAUGAAAAAAAAUUCAUAUCAUGAUUAACGUACUUAAAAACUUUUAUUGUUUCGCUGACAAAUAAAAAUAAAUUUUAUACAUUAUGUUUAAGAUGUUAUGAAUAUUUAUUAAAUGUAUAUAUUAAUACAUGAUAUUAUGAAAUACUUAAAUAGUAUCUACAAAUAAUUUUAGUUAGUGUAUAAUAUUCCCGCUGUAUAUAUGUUUUUAGAAACUUACCAUGCUGAACGAUUCGAAGUUGAAUGACAAUAAUCCCUCAAAAUUUAUGUACUAAUUGUGUGAAAAACGAACGAACAGUUGUACUAAUUUCUAUGCUAUUUUAACAUGUACUUACGUCGGUUGUGUAGAAAAAUUUACACAUGUAUACUGAAAGUAACACAAAUUAAUGUUAAAAUUUUCUACAAUCUAACCAUUAAUUUUUACACAUUUAAAAAUAUUUUUAAUUUUAAUACCGAUCAAGCAACUGCAGACGAUUGUUUCUUCAAAUCUAUAAUAAUAAUAAUAAUAAUAUUAAUAGUAAUAAUAAUUUAAGUUUAUUUGGUUAUAGGACAGGUGUCAUCUAAUGACCAUAAGACAAUAUACAAUAUGAAGUAAACAGUAAUUUAUAUUAAUUUCAGAUGAACAAAUUAUAGAUUUUAAAAUAAUAAAAUAAAACGAAAAGACAAAAUUUGAAUAAUAAUAAUAAUGGGUAUUCUCAUAAGGCUAAAAUAUAUAUUGUACAUUGUAAUAUACAUAUUAUUAUUAUUAUUAGUAUUAUUAUUCUAAUUGAUAUAGCAUGACAUAAAUGUAAACUCACUCAAUAAUCAAACGACCAAAAAAAAAAAAAAACAUCAACCAAAUAUUACAAUACCGAAGGUACAUAAUAUGUAUAGUUGAGCCAAUAAGUAUGCAUAAAUAAAUUAAUAAAUAACUAAUAAUAAAGUUAUGCGGUUAGCUAUUGUGAAAGAUGA